GCGGCGGCAGAGGCGUCCCUGUUGUCGGCUUCUCUUCCAACACCAUGCCUCGGAGGAGCGAACUAACAUGGAUGUCGCGGGCUGACACGGCGGAGCACACGCAGAGAUUCGGAGCGGCUGUAUUAAUCCUCCGCGGUGUUUUUUUCUCCACGACGAUUCCUCGGAUGUAACGGAGGAAGCUUCCAGUAAUCUUUGUACCCGGGAUUGAGAACGAAAAGGCGGCCUCGGAUCACGCAGACGCCGCUGGAAGUUGAGCUCACCCGGGCUCAGCUCAUGCGAGAGGCCAUGGGCAGUCAGGGCAGCCCGGUGAAAAGCUACGACUACCUCCUCAAGUUCCUCCUGGUGGGGGACAGCGACGUGGGCAAAGGGGAGAUCCUGGACAGCCUCCAGGACGGCUCGGCCGAGUCCCCGUACGCGUACAGCAGCGGCAUCGACUACAAGACCACCACCAUCCUUUUGGAUGGAAGGAGGGUGAAGCUGGAGCUUUGGGACACGUCAGGACAGGGGAGGUUCUGCACUAUCUUCCGCUCCUACUCCCGUGGAGCACAGGGCAUCCUGCUCGUGUACGACAUCACCAACCGCUGGUCUUUUGACGGCAUCGACAGGUGGAUACGGGAGAUUGAUGAGCAUGCGCCCGGCGUGCCUCGCAUCCUAGUGGGAAACCGGCUGCACCUGGCCUUCAAGCGGCAGGUGCCCACCGAGCAGGCUCGGGCCUACGCCGAGAAGAACGGCAUGACUUUCUUCGAAGUGAGCCCGCUGUGCAACUUCAACGUCAUCGAGUCCUUCACGGAGCUGUCACGCAUUGUCCUGAUGAGACACGGCAUGGAGAAGUUCUGGAAGCCCAACCGAGUCUUCAGCCUUCAGGAUCUCUGCUGCCGAGCCAUCGUGUCGUGCACGCCGGUCCACCUCAUCGACAAGCUCCCGCUUCCCGUGGCCAUAAAGUCCCACCUCAAGUCUUUCUCCAUGGCCAACGGCAUGAACGCCGUCAUGAUGCACGGACGCUCCUACUCGCUGGCCAACCCCGCCGGCGGCUCCAAGGGCAACAGCCUGAAGCGCUCCAAGUCCAUCCGUCCACCGCAGAGCCCCCCGCAGAACUGCACUCGCAACAACUGCAAGAUCUCCUAACUUCCCCCUUUCCCCUGCGGACGAUGACGAGACCCUGCGGCGUUCGCCGGGAUGCAGGAGGGCGUGACGUGUAGGGAAGCGGCGCACCCCUCGACCCUCGGAAUGACGUGCCGCUCCCACCAUGCCCCAACCUUUCAGAUCCUUGCCAGGGGGCGUGGCCGAGGGGCCCGUCGCAGAGAAGAAGUGAAACAUUUGAGUGUCCCGCUGCUACUUAACGAGUCAGAUGAGAGACUCUGGCGCUGUCCACUUGUACAGACGUGUGUACGCUCAUCGUGUGUCUGCAUCGCAAACCUUUUUCAUCUGCUUUCUAAAAGUCAAUAAGCUAAAAGUCCUCGCACACGAGCACACUCCACCGCCUCUUUGGGUUGGCCUUUGAAUUGAUGCUGCACAAGAGGUUUAAACCCCGCCCCCAACGCCUCUUUCUGACUAGUGACUCUUUACUAGCCCUCCUCACCAGUGGUGACCAGUAAGAAGGGUUCCACUCUUUGAGGUUCCUUUUUUUUUUUGUUCCACGCAUCACCGCCUACUUUCAAGUGGGAUGGCUUGUUGCCAUGGACACCAGCCACUGCUACAAUACAUGACUCAUCUAUUUCUUGGUUUCUGGCUUGGCACAAGUCAAGGGAAAGAAAGUUUCCCUGGUUUUUCCUUCAACAGUAUUUGAUCUCCUCAUACACUUUGGCUUGCUUACUAGUACUAUGAAUACUAGUAAUGUCUACGGAUGUUCUCGUUCAUCCAGGUCGUUGUAUUCCCAGGGCGUGUAACCAAUAUCAACUGGAUUGUUUUGGGUUUUCUAAAACUGAAUCGAAUGCCAACGUGGGUUUUCCGACUCAUUUUGGGCUGUUAGUGGUCAUUCCACAGCGAUUGAGGGGAAUUUAUUGUUGGUAUUAACAGUAGGAUUGCUCUUUCUGCAUCUCAACAGUUUUAACCAUCCUUGCCCAGGCUCACCCACCUUGUGUCGGAGUAUAGAUAGUUGAUGUUUUGGCACCAGCUGCUAGACUGGGUCUGACCGAUCUAAGCCUAUGAGCAUGAACUGAUUAAGCCUACUUGGAUGACAGGCGAAACGUUUUCUGAAACAAACCAAACAGUCCAUUGUGAUGGUUUGAACGCCCUGAGAAUACUAUUACGGUAGUAAUUCUACUACAUGCUAGUAAUACUUGCACUGAGCCCCGAUGCCACAUUUGGCCCCUUUCCCCUCCCGAUAUGUCUGAAGUUUCUCAGGUGGUUUCUGAGGCGGAGGUUAAAAAGGUAGUUUUAGCACAAACAAGCAGCAGGAAGUUAUUUUUUAGGGGUCUCGUUUCGAGUGUGGAGGUGCGUGUUGGCGUGUAAACAAACAGGAAGAAUUGUCGCACCAGUGCACUUUGGAACCACAAUAAACAGGAUAUGAUAGACUUUAUUCAUCCCACUGUGGGGAAAUGAUGUGGUUGCUAAACAAUAGGUAAACAAAGGACAUUAAAAGAGCAGUGAGCGGACGCAACCAGCUGCCACUUAAGCGGUGCCAUUUCUACGUACAGCUACAACGUAAAACACAACGAAAAAACCAAGGAGCAAUAAAUAAUUCAUAUCGCACACAUACAAAAAACAAUUUCAACACCUACAUCAUGUUAGUAGAAGACACAGUCUCGUAAUUAUUAGUGGUGCGAAUCUUUGGGCACCUAACGAUUCAAUUCCGAUUCUUGGGAAUCAAUUCUCAAUUCAAACCGAUUCUCGCACUGUAUUAUUUGGUACAAUAAUUUUAAAGAAAAACUUUUUUCAAAACAGGUUACAGGAUAGGAAAGCUUUAAUUGAUUUUAGUUUAGAUACGGUAUGAAUAAGAAUCGCGAUUCAAACAAGAAUCGCAAUUCGGAUAAAAAUGUAUAUUUUUGUGCACCCAAAGUAUUUAUGUUCCUCUCCAAACGCCGACCAUCAACAGUAUUCUCUGCUCAACUCCAACGCUGCUUUCAAAGCACAAUCUUGACAACUGUUUUUUAUGGCGUUCAUGUUUUUAAUCUGCCAGCGAGCCCAUCUGCUUAUUAGUGCACCGCCAAAUCUAUUUGCUAAAUGUUUAUAUCAGAGGGGCAUGACUCACUGUACCCGCGAUCGCGUUGAAACUGCCCACGUUACGCCAUCCACUCGUGUUGGACAGCUGCGCUCCAGCUGUUCCUGCGAAACACAUCCAUCUCCUGACACACGACCGCGAGGAAAACUGGCUCUUUUCAUUGGAGGAUGUUGCUGCAUAACUAUGUGUGUGUGUGUGUGGCAUUCAUGGACGGUUGUAGUCGCGUGUUGCAUUUGUGUUGUGUCAGGGGUGCCCAAACCUUUUGCCUCCAAGGGCCAAAGUGAAGAUGUGCUCAUGGUUUUUUACCAUGCAACAGCACCAUGUGUGAGGAAUUUAGCCUCAUACCGCCAUACAUGAAUAUUAGGCGGUAGAGACUAUCAGGUUCAAUAGAUGGCAACGAGUUGGCCUGUAAAUGAAAUCUAUAGAUUUUCUGUUAAAAAAAUAAACUCCCAGUUCAGUUACCAGAAUUUAACCAUAAAAUGUACAGUGGUUUUGACUAGGGGUGUCAAAUUUGUUUUUGUUUUUCGGUUGAAUCGCGAUUUAUAUUUGUAUCAAUUUUUAAUUUAAAAAAAAAUCAAUUGAAAAUGUUUCGUUUUUUUUAAAUGUCCUGUCCAGCGUAUAGUUGAUGUAGAUGAUCAUAUCUGCUGCAUAAAUUUACUUUAGAAAAGAGAAGUGUUGGAUACUUCUCGUGUUGCCUUAUUUGUAUUUGACUUUAUUAAAUGUUUGAGUAGAAUUUUGUUAAUUAAAACCUGUUUUCAUUUAAGUAAUAUAAACAUUUAUCAGAGCCUUUUUUAUGGAGGAAUGUAGUUAAUCAUAGAACUGGCACCCACUUAAAAUUGAUUUUAAAUCGAGAAUGGAUUCUCGUUCGUUAUAUAUUUUUUUUUUUUAUAUAGCGCUUUUACAGAUAGAAACCCAAUAUCUAAGUUACAUUUAAACCAGUGUGGGUGGCACUGGGAGCAGUUGGGUAAAGUGUCUUGCCCAAGGACACAACGGCAGUGACUAAGAUGGCGGAAGCUGGGAUUGAACCUGCAACCCUCAAGUUGCUGGCACGGCCACUCUACCAACCGAGCUAUACCGCAUGAAUCGAGUCGUGCGGUGCCCAAUGAUUCCCAGCCCUAGUUUUGACGUUAAAUUACUGAAAAUUGAAAAACUCUACCAAUGUUGUUUUUACAUAAAAAAUCUGGUGACUGAGCUACCAGUUGUUUACCAGACGUUUUUUUUUUUUUUUUUUUUUACAAUGCAUUACUUUAAAAUAAAAUAAAACGGUACCACUGUUAUUUUUACUGUAACAUUUUGGCGACUGUGCUGCCAGUUUAUACACAAUCUACGGCCAUUUUAUUUUACAGUGCAUUACUGUCAAUUUAAAAACACCACCGCUAUUUUUACCGUAAUUUUCUGUCGACUCAGCUGCGACUUUUUUUUUUUUACUGCAAAAUCUGUGUUCCUUGUUUUUACAGUGCAUUACUGUAAAUGGAAAAAUGGUACCACUGGUCCUUAUACGGUAGAUUCCAGCGACUUGGCUCCCAG